CGAUGAGCUUUGCGACCUCGUAGGCCUCCUCGUAGCUACCGCAUUGAUCGUCGCUGGCUACGCAGCGCUUGUCAGCAGACGCGCACUUAUCCCGCGUUGGCUGGGAGCGCAAAAGUUUGCACCGCCAGAGACGCCGUCGAGCAGCAGCAGCACCAAGAUGAGCGACCGCCUCACAACAAGCCAGCGCAAGGCCAAGGAGUGCGCGACGAAGGCCGAGGACCUCUGCGCCGUCGGCGACACGGACGAGGCCACGCGCCUCUACGAGCGCGCGUGCAAGCUCGACCCGGACAACGCCCGCUACAAGAUGGGCCUCGACAGCAUGAAGCACCAGAAGGAGUCCAUGGGCUACUUCAUGGAGCAGCUCGCCAAGCACAAGGCCAAUAGGAAGUACGAGAAGGCGUCGCCCGACGCGUCCCAAGCCGACGUGGCGGACGCCGCCGAGCAGCUCUGUCGCGCGGCGGAACGGGGCGAGCUGCCGUCGAUCAAGGGGUUGAUCGAUAGCGGUCAAAGCGUGAACACGUGGAACGAACUGCGGCAGGGGGAUUCAGCGUUGCAUUACGCGAAGGAUGCCAAAACGGCCCUUUGUUUGUUGGACGCGGGCGCUCAUAUUGAGGGAGGACGGUACUCGUGGACGCCGCUGAUGGCUGCUGUUAGGUUUGGAAGGCGGGACGUCGUUCGAGUUUUGUUGGAUCGAGGCGCGGACGCUUGUCGGACUAUACCUAGAAAGGAGCCGGGUGCCGGUAGGAACGUGUUGUUUUGCGCGACGAGCGGCUGCCACUUGUCGCCUUCUGAACGAGCUGAAAUUGUUUCAGUAUUGUUAAAAGCGGGUGCCGAUCCCACAGCCUGUGAGACGGAGACGCACUGGACGCCGCUCCACGACGCGUGCUUGUCCGGCGACGCGGAGGUGGCCCGCUUGCUAUUGGAUGCCGGUGCCAACGUCAACGCCGCGUCGACUCGAUCGUGUGCGUUUCCGAUGAGUCGCGGCUGGGCGACGCCUUGGGACGUCGCGCGCGGCGUGGGCUUCGAGGAGCUGGUCGAAGAGCUCGGUGUGCGCGGGGGAACGGCGUUCGAGCACUUGCACGCGUACGCGGGGCCCCAGGGUAGGGUGUAAUCUGUGUUGUUGUAA